CUACAAAUGUCCUAUUUUUGUUGUUUACUUUGAUUUGUUAUUUCUUUCACGCACCCCUCCCCCUAGUUUUCAUUCAGCUGUUUGAUUCUCUCGCGAGAUCUGGCCACCCCGGCCCACUUCCUGUCACCAGCCGCUCGCAGCCAUGAUGCAGGAAGGGCUGGACGACGGACCCGACUUCCUCUCCGAGGAGGACCGGGGGCCACGGGCGGUCAACGUGGAUCUGGAGAUGGAUGCGACGCUGCAGGUGGACAUCUCAGACGCUCUGAGCGAGAGGGACAAAGUCAAGUUCACCGUCCACACCAAGAGCACGCUCCCCAACUUCAAGCAGAACGAGUUCUCCGUGGUCCGCCAGCACGAGGAGUUCAUCUGGCUGCACGACUCCUUUGUGGAAAACGAAGACUAUGCAGGAUACAUCAUCCCCCCAGCGCCCCCCAGACCGGACUUUGACGCGUCCCGAGAGAAGCUGCAGAAGCUCGGGGAGGGCGAAGGCUCCAUGACCAAGGAGGAGUUCACCAAAAUGAAGCAGGAGCUGGAGGCGGAGUACCUGGCCAUCUUCAAGAAGACGGUGGCCAUGCACGAGGUCUUCCUGUGCCGCGUGGCUGCUCACCCCGUCCUCAGGAAAGAUCUGAACUUCCACGUCUUCCUGGAGUACAACCAGGAUCUGAGCGUUCGAGGGAAGAACAAGAAGGAGAAGCUGGAGGAUUUCUUCAAGAACGUGGUGAAGUCUGCAGACGGCGUUCUGGUGGCUGGAGUCAAGGACGUGGACGAUUUCUUCGAGCACGAGAAGACGUUCCUGUUGGAAUACCACAACCGGGUCAAGGACUCUUCGGCCAAAUGCGACCGGAUGAUCCGUUCGCACAAAAACGCCGCCGACGACAUGAACAGAAUCGCCUCGUCUCUCUACAUGUUGGGGACGCAGGACUCCACGGAUCUUUGCAACAGGUUCUUCCUGAAGGUGUCCGAGCUGUUUGAGAAGACCAGGAAAAUCGAGGCUCGGGUUGCUGCAGACGAAGAUCUGAAGUUAGCUGACCUCCUCAAAUAUUACCUGAGAGAGUCUCAGGCUGCAAAGGACCUGCUGUACCGCAGGAGCCGCUCUCUAGUGGACUACGAGAACGCUAACAAAGCCCUGGAUAAAGCACGAGCGAAAAACAGGGAUGUUCUGCAGGCGGAGAACAACCAGCAACUGUGCUGCCACAAGUUUGAGAAGAUCUCUGAGUCGGCCAAGCAAGAACUUGUCGACUUCAAGACGAGACGAGUGGCAGCCUUCAGGAAAAACCUGGUGGAGCUGGCUGAGCUGGAGCUCAAACACGCCAAGGGGAACCUCCAGCUGCUGCAGAGCUGUCUGGGCGUCCUGAAAGGAAACACUUAACUGUCCGGACCCGCUGGACCCCCCCACAAGGACGGAACCAGUGAAGACAGACGAGCGACACUGACAUUUCUGAACCAGAGAGCGAGAACAGGAAGUCCGUUUCCGUCUUCAGCUCCUCUCGGUCCUCCUCUCCUUCUCUGGUUCCACAUCAGAACGCCUGUUCUGAACCCGGUCCAGCAGAACCACUCGUUACAUUUAUGGCCUUCCUCUUCUCGUUUUUUAUUUGUUUUCAUUCAGAAAAAGAAAUAAAAGUUUCUGGUCUGUCAGCCGCAGUCUGGACCCGGUGCGGUUCUGUCCAGUAGCGUUGGACGUCUUUCAGCGGCGCCUCUGGAGGUCAUCGUGGCCCCAGCAGAGUCACACCAAGAUGUUCCGUCUCGCUCCAAGUCCAGCUGGAAACAUCAAACUGGAAGCUUCUGACCCGGUUCUGAGGGUCAGCUGGGGAGGGAGCGGUUCUGAGACCAAACAUCUUGUUUGUGUUUGAAAUGACGGCUCGUUCUGUUUCUGCUGGAGUCCAGCCCCCCCCCUCAUUAAAGUGUAAUAAUAAAGUCCUUGUACAUGUUUUUAUGAACUAACAGACGCUUCUCAUCCGUGUGGCUCGGUUCUUCUGGUCCGACAUGCUUCUUGUUUAUCUUCUCGGCGGUGGAGCUUCAGUCUUGUUGCCUUAACGUCAGUCACACUUUGAUUUCCUGUAAGAACAGAAAAAGAAUCACACGUUCGGUUCCAGUUCUUUAUUUUUUAACUGCACUGUAAAUGAAUGUUCUUCACUCUGAUGUGACCAAAGCUUUCAGAUCCAGAUGGAGAUGUGAGGAAUUAACUCACUGGUUGGUUUGGUUGGUUGAACUUCAGCAGGUCUGUAAUCCACACGGCUCUCUCUCACGCUCAAUAAAGUCUCUAUGGACACUUUUCUUACAA